UACUUCCCGUGGUCAUAGAGACUUGAACUUUUCAGGGAAUGUUUGUUUAAGUGACUAGAGUCAGUAGAGAUGCCUACACACUAAAUUUCGUCCCACUUCAAGUUCAAGUCUCUACAACCACGGGAAGUAGGCCUACUAGGUCACACAGUAGGUGUACUGACAAGUGACAACCUAAACCUGAGUGAGAACUUGAGGUCUUGAGUGUGAGGUUCUCUUCCACUUUAGAGUAGAGCCGGAUUUAAAUUUUGCAAUAGCAUGAGUAAACCUGAUCAUUUUGUUGGGUUUCAACCUUUGCUCAGGCCUAUCAAGGAAACAGAUGAAAAGUCCCGAAGUCAUUCACUUACGUCGCCAGCAGACACUGGUGAUAGGAGUACUGCUGCAUUAACAGAACAGAUUAAUAGUACAGCCAGUACCAAAACAGUAGAUAUAGAAAGCUACAUCACUAGAUUGAAACAAAAUAUGGAAACUCUAGAAAUUACAAACAAACAGCUCCGGGAUGAAGUUAAAAGUCAGUUGAGGUACAGUGAGGAUCUUCGAGAAAAGUACGAGGAAUGUUUCGAACUAAACGUGGUAUUGAAAGAAGAGAUUAACAAACAAGUACAGAAUGUAAGAUCCUGGAGAGUUAAAGCUGUAACGAAUGGGUGUGAUGCUGCAAUAUACCGACAAGAAAAUGAGGAGUUGAGGGAAACCAUGGUGAUGAUUCAAAGAGACAUGUUGCAGCCACAUCCAUGCUACUGUGUGCCCUCUACACCAGAAAGUAAGAACAAAUUCGCACUAGGAGAGGAGAAAAAAUUACUAGAUCCUGUAACGCAGUGUCCAGAAUCUAUGUCGACACAGGCAUUAAUAAAAAGGUUUCUAGAAAACUUUUGUCCCGACAACAGGGCGUCAGUAGACAUGCAAGUCAGCAACAAUCCUUCUCAUUCAAGAACAUCACCAGUGGAAGAACAAGAUACCAUGUCCACGGAACUUGAAACGAUUCCCGAUAACAUCGAUUUACAUUUACAAUGUAAACCCAAAGAGAAUGGCGAAGAUGAAGAAUAUUACAAAGAAACAAAAGAUAUUUCAGAUCAGGAAACCGAUGAUGAACCGUGUUUUUCCAAUAAAAAUGUCCAAGAUUCAGAAUUAGACGAUAGUGGAUACGUAGAAGCAUGUGAAGCAGAACAGGAAAGCGGAGAUAUUCAAGAGAUAUCCACUGUUGAUUGCCAUAUAAAACCGGAUGAAAAGGAGAGCGAUGAUGGCAAAAAUGCUAAUGAUGACAGAAAUGUUUCAAUGAAAAGAGAAGACGAAAAUGAGUCCAAUUUUGAAAUAACCGCCGUGGUAAGUAAUCUACGACCAAUGGAACAGAUUCCAUCUAAGUCUAAAAUGAUAUCACCAGUGGUAACACGAGGAUUAAAAAUCAGAAGAUUUGAUCAACAGACACCUGGUUUUGAAUUAGAAGGCAGAAUCGUUCCAGAAGAUAGAAGACAGUCUCAUAAAUCUUCAUUAAAUGACCCACCUAACAUUUUACGACCACUGAUGCCAAGAGGACCCGGAAUAAAGAAAGUGGUUUCUAAUAUUAGGGCCCCUACAGAAGUCAAAAGCUCAGAUUCGAUACCAUCUCUCUUUGAUCCAAACAACCGAAUUUUACCGCAGAUCAGAAGUCGAUCUGAUUUCGUUAAAACAUCCACUACCCCAGUACUAAAGGGGCUUAGAACGUCUUUAGUUCAAUUUCAGAAUAUCAAUUUUCCUUCGAUCUACACCAGAGUGGAUGUAAGUGCAACCUUGAAAAGUCCCGAAAAAGCACCUCGUAAAUUUUCUUCAGUGCCUCCAUCUUCUCAGAAACCCGCUCACCGUCGAUCUUUGUUAAACGACAGACAGCAGCUACCUCGAAUUGUGGACUUUAAAUAAAUUUUAAAUGGUAUAUCAUACC